AUCCCUCCAAAAAACUUCUUCUGACUCCCCUAUAUCCCCAUACCCCAAUAAUAAUAAUAAUCACAAGUCAUAACUCUCUCUUUUUACAUUUUUUGCUUUCUCUCCGUCUCCUUAGCCUCUUCUCUUGGGCGACUUUCUGUGUUUUUUCCCCUUUGCUCACUUCAUUCAACAAAGAAAAAAGCUAAAAACUUCAAGAAACUCUUCCCCUUUUCUUGCACUUAACCUUAUAUUAUCACCAUCUUUAUAUGCUUUUCUUGAUAUGGAAGCUUAAAGAUUGCCCAAUUUUAAUAUUUUCUACUUACUAUUACUAUAUACUUUCCAUUCAAAGAAAACUCUUAUAUUCUGCAUGAUUUAUAUAUCAAUAUUCUUGUUCAUAUACUCCUUUGUUCUUACUACCUAAUAGGGUUUAAAGAAAAUUAUGUCAUUCCAAUUUGGUCAUUAGUAAAAAGUCUCGUUUUAAAUCGCAUGUGUACUCGUACCUUCUAGCUUGUUUUGACGUGUUGCGAAAAAUAUUGUUGGUAUUUCAUACCCUCGAUUUUUAGCUAGUUUUUUUUUUUUUUGUUGGUUGCUUUAUAUUCCUAGUUACUACUUUUCUGUCCCUUUCUUCAUAUACAGAUAAGAGAAGAAGAUUUUCUUGAAGAUCAUCAGUCAGAAAGAUAGCAAACUGUUUUUAGCAAAAGGAAAAAAGGCAAACAAAGCACAAGUCUUGUUUCUGUUUCCUUUGGUUAAACACAGCAAAAACAGGUCAAACUAAAUCAAGACAAAUUCAGAAGAAGUAAAACAAGUUGUUGCUAUCAAUGUCUUCCUCUUCUUCUUCAUUAUCGUCAAAUUCGCCAUGUGCAGCGUGUAAAUUCCUACGUCGAAAAUGCCAACCAGAGUGCGUUUUCGCGCCAUACUUUCCCCCUGAUCAACCUCAGAAAUUCGCGAAUGUGCACAAAGUGUUUGGGGCUAGUAACGUGACCAAAUUGUUGAAUGAAUUACAACCUCACCAACGUGAAGAUGCUGUAAAUUCAUUAGCUUAUGAAGCUGAUAUGAGACUUAGGGAUCCUGUUUAUGGCUGUGUUGGUGUCAUUUCACUUCUUCAACACCAACUUCGACAACUCCAAAUGGACCUUAGCUGUGCUAAAUCUGAGCUUUCCAAGUACCAAAAUUUAGGAGGUAUUGCAGGUACUACAACUCAUGGACUCUUGGCAGCUGCGGCUGCUGCAGCUGCCACUACCGCCCACCACCACCAGCAAUUCAACUUCAUGGCUGGAGGUGGUAGGGAUCAUCACCAUCACCUCUACCACCACCAUCAGUUCUUCCCCAGAGAUCAGUCGCAACAACAACAACAACACCACCAGCACAUGAUUCGCGCAUUUGAAGGCCAUGGGAGUAACAACUUUGACGCAAGUAGCCUUCUUAUAGGUCAACUAAGCCAGUUCCAGCAGCCACGCGCCGCUGGCGGAGAUGGCCGACGGACGCCGGUGGAUCCAUCUUAGUUAGGUUACAUAAGAGACUUUGAGUUAUUAACUAUGAACUACAAAAACAGACACUAUAUUAAGUUUGAAGAUUCUGAUAGGUAAUACUUGCUUGCCCAUGCACCAGAAUACUUAUCUAUAAGUAUUUUUGAGAGACCAAAUAUUGCAUGAAUUUUCUCUACUGUUGUUUAUUUUGUGACUGUUAUUAAUCUAAUAUCUUAUGCCACUA